GAACCAUGCUUACCUAAAUUCAUUCCAGGAAAAAUCCAAGGAGAAGAACUUGAUAAAUUAUUUGGAAUCUUAUCAUCGAGUUCAUUAACUUCAGAUAAACAUGACUACAGCAUGAAGACACCACAGAAAUCAGCAGAAGCUGGAUCCUCUCCUCCAGUCAAACAGCUGCUUGAUGAACCAGAGACUGUCACCACCAUAGACACUGGGUAUAGAAUUGAUCUUUACAAUGUGGCCUGUCUGAGUGAUGAAGAAAUCUGGACAAGUGGACAUGGCAGCACCAUGAAACUCUACAGCAUCAAUCAGAGAUCACUACUCAAGUCAAUCACAACCAAGUCAUGGCUCUAUCCAUCUGACAUAGCAGUGACAAAAAGUGGAGAUCUAGUUUAUACUGAUUACGGUGAUAGAACUGUAAACAUUGUGAAGAAUAAGAAGAUAGAGGAGGUGAUCAGACUACAGAACUGGAAACCUCGCAGUGUCUGUAGUACCUCCUCUGGUGACCUCCUGGUUACCAUGGAAAGUGAUGAUUAUAAACAAACAAAAGUUGUCCGUUACUCGGGCUCCACAGAGAAACAAACCAUUCAGUUUGAUGAUCAAGGUAAACCUCUCUUUUCAUCUAGUAGUUAUCACAUAACAGAGAACAGGAACCUGGAUAUCUGUGUGUCCGACUGUGUAGGUAGAGCAGUAGUGGUGGUCAAUCAGGCCGGGAAUCUGAGAUUCAGGUACACUAGACAUACUCCUGCUACAAAGAACCUACCAUUCAGUCCACGAGGAAUCACCACAGACAGUCAGAGUCACAUCCUUACAGCUGAUUAUAACAAUGCCUGUGUCCACAUCAUAGACCAGGAUGGACAGUUUCUCCGUUACAUAGAAUGUGGACUGAGAGAUCCCCGGGGACUGUGUAUAGAUACAAAUGACAAUCUGUUUGUUGCCCAACAGACAAACAGUCUAGUGAAGAAAAUCAAAUAUCUGCAGUAAAAAUUACCACAUUAUAGAGUACGAAUAAUGAAAGCAAAUACUUCCUAUAUGAAAUUUACCAUUAUUACUGUAUGCGAGUUUAUUACGUGGAAAGUACAUGAUACAACUGUACCUCUGAAUUGCAUAACUGAAGGUAACAGGAAUUGAAGAAAAUCUAUUUCAUGCAUCAGUAAAAUCCAUAUAUUGUGAUCCAUAUUCUAGAAGAUGUCAGUGCAUGUAACUGAUUUUAUUUUAAUUUACAGAUACAGUGUAUAUUAUAUUCAAUAUUUAGGCAAAAUUUGAAAUCAACAUUUUUUUUCUUUUUACAUACACCUUGUACAGAAACAAAAGUCACAAUAUGCAAAGUUGAUGAAAUUUCCUCUGAAAAGAAGGGAUGAAAUUGAAAUAAGGAAAAUUGUUUAGGAGACAAA